GUCUUACGAAUGACUGCCGCUGUUUCAGGUUAUGUGACAUUGUGGCCGGCCAGGACACCUUAGCACCAAAGUGACUUACAUUUUCUGAGUGAUCGGGGCACACGGAGAGGCGGGACUCUGAUUGUGCACUGGUCGUUAGUUUUUGGGGUUGUUGUGUUUUUUACGCGUGGCGCACUGCUCUGCUUCACGAGGUUACCGAACAGUUUGCACACUCUCGUGUCCCAGCUCAGUGGAUUGAUCAGCUUCUCACAUCAGAAGAGCUUCUGCUUGGAUGUACGUGCUUUGCUUCACACUUCAAAGUGUCGAACUCGGGGAUCACAGGUGAAGCCGCCCGCGCAUGAUGUACACAAUUACAAGAGGUCCCAGCAAACUGGUCACGCAGCGACGCACAGGGCCCACACAGCAGCUGGACAGCAAAAUCAGUGAUUUCAAGCACAAACAAACGUCCUGGAAUAUGCCUGGACUUCCCGCACCAAAGAUCGUUUUCAACCGUCCGAAUGGUAAGAAAUACCAUCACCCUGCUCCAGCUCUGCCCGCACACAAUCAUCACGAAGAGAGUUUCACCCUGUCACAUGAAGAAAAUGUCAAGUUUGUCUCUGAGGCCUGGCAGGAGGUGCUGGAGCAGGAGGUGGGCCAGGCUGCACAGAAAGCAGUGCAUUAUAAAGAGGCCACUCCCAGCCCACACAUGGACGACUUUGUGCCCAUAGAUUUGGAUGAAUGGUGGGCCCAACGCUUCUUAGAAAACAUAGAUAAGCUCUCCUGACGCUCCUCUGGGAUUCGAUGCUCUCGGACAGUCUGGAGGUGAGACCGCGAUGACGGCCCACAAAAGAAGAGGAAGCCUGGGCGGGAGUUCUGAUGGGUCAAAGUGCCCAGAUGUGGUUGAAAUGGACUGACAGUGCUGAUAACGGUGGACAGAGAAACUCCCGAGAACCACUUGAACUUGUGCGGUCUAACUGCCGUGCAGACAGACUGCACACAGAAGGAUGAAGUCUUAAAACUGAGGUUCAUCUUAUAUUUUCUCUCACAGCAGAGAUGUUACUUUGAAAUGCAGUAAAAUUGUAUUUUAAAGAAGUUCUGGAUUACAGCUUCAUUUCUUUAACCUGGCAUUAUGUUGAAUCCGUGUUUAUUUGCUGACAAGACUCCAUAAAGCCCCACACUGUUUGACAUGAUGUUCAGCGCUUCCUGAAUGCAGCCGAGUCUCCGAGUACGGGCACAAACAGCUGCUCACAAACAUUUUAACACCACAAAACUAAACAAGAGCGUAAGAAAAAAUGGUUCAAGCAAAAAAGUGAGAACAGCAAAAGAUUACAAACUAGCAGGCUGAAUUUCAAGAAAUGUGCUGAGAGGUGGAAGGAGGAAACCCGCCCCACACACUUUGAAUUUCGGUGCAGAUUUGGAUCACGUUGGCUAAAACUGUAAAAUCUGGCACUGGCCUUGGCAGAGGAUUUACUCUUAAGUGUCCUUGUGGUUGAGCUGGACAAAGAAUGUUUUUCUACACAAAAUUUGUACCUCAGAGACGAGGUUGUUACUCUCCUGCUGCCAUUUUUCCAUCUCUCAGCAGAAAAACACAAACCAAACA